GACGAUUUUGCAUGAAUAUUGUCCUAGGACCCCUUCCGGACAACCGCCGCCAACUGUGUGAUCUAAAACAUCACAAUACACUUGCAUUUCCUAAAAUGCUUGCAAGGCAUCCACUGAGAAACCCAGGAGCUUUCGCUGCAUCGAGCCGCUGCCGAUGCGCUCGGACUUCCGUGGUGGUGAUGGCGUCCAGCAAGCCUAAGUUCCAGCUUAUGGUUAACAGCUGCACUGGCAAGAUGGGCCAGGCGGUGGCAGAGGCGGCCCUGCGCGCCAACAUUGACCUGGUGCCGUACACGUUGUGCGCCCCCAUGGACAUCGAGAAGAAGACCCAUGUCACAGUCCAGGGUGUGCAGCUGGAGCUCGUGCCGCCUGCCGUCCGUGAUGUCGCGAUCGCGGACAUCAAGGCCCGCUACCCUAACCUCAUCAUGGUCGACUAUACCCUGCCUGACGCCAUCCACGACAUGGUGGAUUUCUACGUGCGGCACAACACGCCGUUUGUCAUGGGCACCACGGGGGGCGACCGAGCGCGGAUUCUUUCUGAGGUUGCGGCAGCCAGGACCUACGCCGUCAUUGCACCCAAUAUGGGCAAGCAGAUCGUGGCAUUCCAGGCCAUGAUGGACAUGAUGGCUAAAAACUUUCCUGGCGCGUUCUCGGGCUACAGGCUCCGAGUGGUCGAGUCCCACCAGUCGACGAAGAAGGACACGUCGGGGACGGCGAAGGCCGUUGUGCAGUCGUUUGUGGAGAUGGGCAUCAAAUUUGACGUGUCAGAAAUCGAGCUGGUGCGGGAGCCAAAGGAACAGAUGGAGGUUAUGAAGGUGCCCGAGUCGGCACUCAAUGGACAUGCGUACCACACGUACCAGCUGGUUUCUGGCGACGGGACGGUGAUGUUUGAGUUCCAACACAAUGUCAUCGGUCGCACGACGUAUGCGGAAGGCACCGUGGACGCUACCCUCUUCCUAGCCCAGCGGAUAGCGGAGAAGAGCGAAACGACGCUAUUCAAUAUGAUUGAUGUGCUGCGCGCUGGUGCGAUGAGAUGAAUGGGACUUAGGCUUGGGACUGGGUAGUACAUACUGUUGUGCGCGUAAUGCAUGGUGCUGGCGGUGCCGGGACGGGCAGCUACGCAGGCUUCCGGUUGUCCGGCAGUAGCCAGAUGUGAAUAGAAGUGACGGGCCCUGGCAUUGCCCAUUUCUUAUUGCUUUUUGUAAACACUGUUAGCACCUUUAGCCAAGCAUGUUGGAUGUGGCUGAGAGGGAAGACGUUUUGGAGGGCGUCGCAACAGAUGAAGAGGACAAUUUCGGUUCUGCCGCUAGUUUCCUAGCUUCAGCGGUGACUGCAAGGGAUUCUAGGUUUACGGACGCUAUUAAACUGCAAUUUUAUGGUUUGUACAAGCAAGCGACCUCUGGGCAAUGCGCCGGCAAUAGGCCAGGCUUCUGGGACGUGGCCGGCCGCGCAAAGUGGUAAGCCAUUUGG